UGACGGGACGGUGUAGAAUGUAGAUAGAACAAUCACUAAAACUCGUGUAGCCUAGAUCCAAUCCCAAGAAAAUCCGCAUCUGUUGGAACGAGAUAAUCACGCAUUUGUCUUGUUUUUGCGCAUUUGGCACCGGUGGUUAAAGUUUUAUCACGUAAUCUCAAACGAAAUAGCUGAUUUGUGUUUGCUCUGCGUGCUAUCCACAACUGCGACUGUUAAUUUUCCAUGAAUGCGUGUACUGUCAUCAUCAAUAAGCAGCUCGACCAUUCCGAAAGGAAGCGCACAUAUUUCCAAUCUGCGAACUACAGAACAGAAUAGAACAGCCUGCACAUAUUGUUUUGAGUGCGCAGUAGGGAUAGCUAUACUCCUGCAUAUGCUAUGCUACACCUGGAAAGAAGAUUUGGAUUACCAGAUGAACUGUAGGCUAUUAACUAACCCGCGCUCGCUCCACCGGACAAAAUACGCAUUUGCCUUUUAAAUCAACGGACGCGUUGUGUGUCUCGACAAGCAGUGGGAUUUAUAAACCGAAGAUGGGUGUUUGUGGAUACUUUGUCGUGUCUUGGAAGUGCCUGGUGGUUCUGUCAUUCAGGCUGCUGUUUCUUGUCCCCUCAGGUUUGCCUGUCCACAGUCAAGGGGAUUCCCAAACCGAUAAUAAAGUAAUGGACAAUAUUACCGUCAGGCAAGGCGAGACCGUCUUUCUCAGGUGCCCACAGGGGGACAUCGUCACACACACGGCCUGGCUCAACCGGUCGAGUAUACUGUACGCCGGCGAGGACAAGUGGUCGGUGGAUCCCAGGGUGAGUCUUGUUACACUCAAUCAGGAGGAGUUCACCAUAAAGAUUGAAGAUGUGGACAUGACCGACGAGGGCCCAUACAUCUGUGCGGUGCAGACGAGCAGGAGACCGAGGACGACGUCAGUGCACAUCCUCAUCCAAGUGCCCCCCACAAUCAUCAACCUGUCGAAGGUCAUCGUGGUCAACGAAGGCUCCAACGUCACGCUGAUGUGCCAAGCCAGUGGCAAACCAGAACCCUCGUUUACCUGGAAACUCCUCUCUCCCUCAGGUGACCUGGCAUCAGAGGACGAGUACCUGGACAUCCCCAGUAUCUCCAGACAGAGAGCAGGGACCUACGAGUGCACCGCCGUCAAUGACAUCGCCACAGACGUCCAGACCGUGGAGAUCACAGUCAACUAUGCCCCCAGUGUGUCAGAGGGCAGAGACGUUGGCGUGACCCUUGGCCAGAGAGGGGUGCUGGAGUGCGAGGCGGAUGCAGUACCCGAGGCAGACUUCGAGUGGUACCGAGACGACAGAAGAGUUGUCCAUCCUCUCUCUUCAAGGAUCUUCAAUGGUUUUGACGGCAUGGAGAUCGAAGAUGCCGGGCAGCUCUCCAAGUUGACCUUCUUCAAUGUCUCUGAGGCCGACUACGGCAACUACACUUGCAUCGCCAUUAACAAACUGGGCAGCUCCAACACAAGCUUUGUCCUGUAUGAGGUUAUUGAACCCACUAGCUCAACACUAUUGCAAGGACCCGGAGCAGUGCAGGACGGGAACAGCGGCUCGAUGGGGAUGCAUGUACACACCUACACCUGUCUACUUCUGGCCAUCCUUCAGUUUCUGCUUAGGUUUUGAUGCAGUAGGCUUUCUGGCUUCCGAGUGGCAAGGUUGCGUGGUUUGUGUGUUUUCUCUCACCCGGAACCACAAACGUGAUGCACAUGAGUGCAUGGGCUACCCUAUUACAUAAUGUCAAACCGCUAAAAAGUAUUAUGUAACAUACACAUUUUUCUUUGUUAAUUUUAGGAGUUUUAAGGACAUAACAACAUUGUCGAUUUUUGGGUUUUGAUUUGUUUUCGUUUCCCCUCCCAUUAUGGUAUGAUUCCCAAAUGUUUCUUUUUGGGUGUGGUUUGUCUGUUAUUUACAUUUUAUUUAUUUCAGUUUCUACCGAGUGACAUGGUCAUCUUAGCCCCAAGAGUCUUAAGCGUAAAUCAUAGUCCAUUGACGUUAAGACGCGAUAGUCCGGCAUCCCAUUGUGACAUAGCUACACGGCUCUGAGACCACCAUCCGCGGGGAAGCACAGCCCGAAAGCGCACCUCCCAACAAUUCCCAACCAACGCAGCUCCGGUACGCGUCUUUUAUUCAUUUGAAUGUGGUGACGGUUGGAGAAAAAGCUUGAGAAUUUGAAAAGUAUGAAUGCCAAUAUUCCAGAACACUGCUGUGCGUAUGCGUACACAUUUUGGACUAUGAUAGAUGCUUUAGCCCCAAGAUUCUUAUCCCCAAGAGUUAAGUGUAUGAGGUGGAUGAAACAAACAUCUCAAACAGGCAGUGAAGCAGACGGACUGAAAUAACUCUAGGACAUAAAAGCCUGUUAUCAUGUUUUUUUUGUUGGUAUAAUUAUAAUUUAAACCUAUUUCUGAUUCUGACACAUUGACCAACCACAACAAUGGUUAAGAAGAAAUUAUAUUUUCUCAGCAUUGUCAAUUGUGAUAUUUUCAGUUGUUUGUGCUAUUCUAUCUAUUUGGGGGAUUUUAACACAUAUUUUGAAAGGGGUAAAUACAAUAUCAAAGCUGUAAUUGUGAUUAUUUAGGCAAAGAGCUUGUUUUUCCUCCCUUUUAGCUGGCACAAGUCUACACAAGGUGGUGUAAAGAAUGACUUAACUAGUUAUGAAUGGAAAGGAAGUUAUUUCCAUUUGUGUGGACAUCUAACUUAAAGUAAUGUAAUCUCUCACAAAUGUUAUUAAUGUCACUACAACUGGUUUUACCUUAAGAUACUUUAAGUUAUAAUGUAUUUACAUGGGUCAUUUGCACACUAGGGUCAAUUCUCAAGUAUUCCCGUCUCAACAGUGUUGGUAACAAAGAGGCUAAGGAGUAAGAUUGUGUCCAAUAGCAACUCUCUAUGGAUCACUAAGGGCAAAUUCUAACUUGCACUUGAAAGGAUACUUCGGGAUUUUAGCAAUGAAACCCAUUAUCUACUUCAGAUGAACUCACGGAUACCAUUUUUAUGUAUCUGCAUCCAGUAUGAAGGAAGUUAGGGGUAGUUUCACGAUCCAAUGCUAACUAGCUUAGUACAAUGACUAGAAGUGUAUGGGAUCUCCUAGCAUGCUAGCAGUUAGCAUGGACUUCCAGUCCAUGCACUAACACUAGUUAGCAAUUGUGCUAACUAUAGUUAACAACUUCCUUUAAACUGCUCACAGAGAAAAUGGUAUCCACAAGUUCAUCUGACUCUGGAGAAGUAGAUAAAGGGCUUCAUUGCCAAAAUCCUGAAGUAUCUCUUUAAGUAACAUGUUCACUUUGAUGCAUUGAUGUCAAUGGGAGACUUAGUGGAAAUUGGACUGAAGUGGAGGUUAGGAUUUGCCCCUAAAAGAGCCCAAAGACUUCUCAGCCAUUAGUUUCACAGUCAUUUUUUUUUUUUUGUUACAAAAUACUCUCUCAUAACCAAUAAGUAUUAAUUGUUUGGUUGUGUUGAACUGGUACAUGCAAAUGUACUGGAAUGUACAUGCAAAUGUACUUUGACUGGAAAUGCAAAUGUUUUACAUAUAUUGUCUCUCAAUAGAGCACAUAUACAUACAGUCCAUUAAUAUAUUAUAAUUUAGUGUUGUAUACCGGGUUAAAUAAUCAGGGCUGAGUUUGGAUUGAUUUGAAAUCAGGCAUAUAUUUGUCUCCUCUGUGACCUUGUCACCAAGGACACACUCAGGAGCUACAACAAUACUUCCUGUAACCUUUCUAUGUCUUAAAGGUAGACUCAACGUUGUGAAAUCAUCAUACACAGUGGGACAAUGUAUUGCUUGCUCCCAGAAAUCAACAUCUAAUCUGCCAGGGCUGUUACUAUUGGUUCUUCCUUAAAUGGGCAUGCCUCAGGGGAGGGCACAGAUUAAGAGUCAGUUUUGGCAGUUUUCUGUUGUUGAUGUCUGGAAGCAGGAGGUCACCAUGCCAUGUACGAUGAUAUCAUAUAGUGAAGUCUGCCUUCAAUAUUUUAUUCGCAAAUGGGGAGAAAGGGACACAUUUUGAUGUUAAGAAAUAUUUGACAUGUUAAUGGUUCAAACCUGUGGUGCUGCCAUCAGAAUAGGCCAUAUUACAGCAGAUAAUUGGGUGCAUUUAUCACAUUUCAAAUGGGUUAUGUCUGUGUGAGAGCUGCAUUGAUUUUACACUGAUUAGGAAUAUCACUUUAAUGCAUGUCAUGCAUGGUGCAAAAUGCAUCAGCGUAAUGGUUUGCACCCCAAAACCAUUUUUGAAAUAAAUACCACAUGAUUAUUACCCUUGUAAAAGAGGUCUUCAGACCUCCAUGGGAUAAAUAAAGGUUAAAUACGUUUUCUACUGUGGUGAUGGCAUCACACAUUUUUACUGACAAAACGGAUCCCAAUGCCUGUUGAAAGAUAUGGAAAUCUGGGGUUAACCUUAGUCUAUGGACGGAAACUAUAUCAUUAUGUGGACUUAAUGAAUUAAAGGCCAUGCUAAGGGUAGAUUCAAUAAAAGUGUAACUUUUUUUUUUGUUGCAGUUGUUUCAAAACAUAUG